AUAUUGCAAGAGGGCAACGUAAGCCGCUCUACCUUGCAUGUGGUGCCGACAAGGAGCAAUGACGGUGACAUGGUGUCUUGCAGAGCUGAAAAUGCAAUGUUAGAAGGAGCUGCAAUGGAGGACACGAGGAAACUGAUUGUUUAUUACGCCCCCAAGCUGGUGCUCCGGGCGGGCGUGAGUCUCAACAUGUCCAACAUCAAGGAGGGUGAGGACGUGUACUUCGAGUGCGACAUUCAGGCCAACCCGAAGGUGUUCCGAGUCCAGUGGUUUCAGAACGGCCAAGAACUCCACCACAACAUCACGGCAGGAGUGAUCCUCAGCAACCAAAGCCUCGUUCUUCAAGGCGUGACACGAAAAUCCUCCGGCCUUUACACCUGUCGUGCCAUUAACAUGAACGGGGAAGCCAGUUCGAACGCCGUGCAGCUCAGCGUUAAGUUCGCGCCCGUGUGCUCCGCCGACCAGAAGUGGGUGUACGGCGGCGGUCGGCAUCAGCCCGUGAACGUGACCUGCCGCGUCGAGAGUCACCCGGAGGCGUCGACCUUUCGCUGGGCCUUCAACACGUCGAGCGAGUACGUGGAGAUCCCGCAGGACCGCAUCUUCUCCAGCCGCAGCCGCAGCAUGGUCGCCUACACGCCGCAGACGCACCACGACUUCGGUUCGCUCCUGUGCUGGGGCGUGAACGACGUCGAGGCCCAGCACCAGCCCUGCGUGUUCCAUAUCGUGCCCGCGGCCGUGCCCGAGCCGGUGCACAACUGCAGCGUGUGGCACAACGCCAGCGCGGCCGGCGAGGUGGUGGUGGCGUGCGAGGCGGGCUGGAGCGGCGGCCUCACGCAGACGUUCACGCUGGAGGUGCGGCAGGGGCCGAGGGGCGGGCCGCGGGCGGGGGCGGGGGCGGGCCGCGUGCUGGCGGCGCUGCGGGACCAGCCGGAGCCGCACUUCACGGUGACGGGGCUGGCGCCGGGCACCGAGUACCGGCUGGCCGUCGUGGCCUCCAACGCCCAGGGCGCCGCGCCGCCCACCGUCCUCGUGCACCUCACGCCCAUCGACGUCGCCGAGAAGCGCACCAGCCCCUCCGCCGCCGACUCCGCGGGCGCCGGCUCGCUCGUCAGCCUCACGCCCAUCCUCGCCGUGCUGCUGGGCGUGGCGGCGUCGCUGGUCGUGUGCUCCGUCGUGCUCGUGGUCGUCAUGCGCGCCCGCAACGCCAACGCCCGCGCCCGCGCCGCCACGCAGACCAAGAUCAUCUACGACAAGGCGUCGCCGACCGCCAAGGGCGCCGACGACGGGGGCUUCGUGCAGCAGGAGAGAGGCCCCGACAUCAUCCUCGUCAAGAGCGAUACGAGGGUACCAGGUGAUGACAAGCAGCUGGUUCGGGACUACAUGAGAAGUCGAGAUGGCUCUUUCUACAUCAACCCAGGCUCCUUACUCAACAAUGGUGCGGUGGUGACCCGGGAGACGGAGGCUCUCCUGCCGGACCCGACGAUGACCAGCAGCGUGUGUAGCCAAGGCGCCGCCAUCACCCGAGUCACGCCGUCGUCCUCCUCCUCCUCGCCCUUCCUCGCCUCCGUCACCUCUCCCUCGCCCGGCCUCACCUCCACGGACUCUCUGGCCCGCUCCUCCUUCUGCUCCGGCCGCGGUUCGCCUCCUGCCUCCUCCGUGUCGACCAGCAGCCCCCGGGGAUCGACGUCGACGGUGGCGCUGCACCCCGACUACUGCGCUCAGGAGGACCCAAGGGCGCCCCUUGUCGCCGCGCCCCUCGCCGCCGCCGCCGCCAGGGAGAGCUCCGUCUAGGCACCAGGGGUAUAGAAAUAUCCUACGGUUUAUUUACAGUCCUCAUCCUUCAGUAAAAAAGAUAGAUAGAGAGAGAGAGAGAGAAAGAAACAUAGGCACAUCACAGACUCCUUAUACCAAGGCUCUCCUGAAGCUGACUGAAGUCGACUGAAGGUGAAAGGGCCUACCGGGUUCUCUGCGUUCAGAUGUCCAUGGGUGUUCUCUUUCCUUUGUGUAAAGAACUUGAAAGAACACCGUGUUAAGUGCCAAGGUUGAUUUUUUAAUGAAGCUGAAAAAAACAUUGAUUUCUUGUGAUCAUGGUAUCAGGAGAGGAAAUAUUGCAUCAACCAAGGUAGUUAAGGAACUGCAACUAAAGUGGAGUGCAUGCAAAACGUUUCAGCAGAUCCACUAGGACCUAUUGCACCAAAAAAAAUUGCAAAAGGAGAAAAAAAAGUUAAGUGUAAAACUACUUUGUUCUGAUCAUCCGAUGGCCAAAAUAUGUGCAGUUUUUGGGUAUAGAUGUGCUUCAUGCUCAAUAUAACCACUCAGUUUUCUUAAACAAUAUUCCAAUCUGGCUGUUACCUCGGUGUAAGACGAAAGAUUAUAAAAAAACCCUAUUUCUUAAAGAUUUCCAACGUCUUAGAAAAGGAUAUCCAGCGCUAUAUGUGGAAAGGGUAUUUCUGUGUUACCUUUUUCUUCAGCCUGAGACCACUUUAAGGCAAAGAUUAACUCAAGGAUCUUAUUUAGGGUGUUCUGUCAGCAAAAAAGAUGUGUCUGCUUGAAGUCUGGAUGGUAUUAAUCCUAAUGAGAGGGAUUCUAUUUUAGGGAAGCUAGCCCUAUAAGAAUCCUCUUGAUUUUUGAAGAAUAAAACAAGAAAAAAAAGAAAAAUAUAUAUGUACUGGCAGUAAAACAGUGUUUAAUGUUUAUGUUGUGUAAUAAGUUUUUUUUCGGUGUUUCAAACUAACUUUGGAAGGAAAAGAAGACCAUUACAAGUGACUACAGUAUUUCUUGUCCACAGGGUGUUUCAUCCUUUAACAAGUGUCCGACAGAAAAUCAUAUUAGUGUUUUUGAUGUACCAAAAGAAAAACAAACAAACAAGGAAGCAAAAAAAAAAAAAAAAAAA